UUAUCACAUGUUAAGUAAAUCAAACCCUCAAGAAGCAACUUUUGAGCCUCGUUUAAGGAAGAGAUCUCGCUUGCACAAACUUUCCAAGGCAAUGAACAACAACAGAGUUCAGGGAUGUGCAGAAUCUUGCAAUAGCAACCACUGGAAUACCAAGAGCUAUCCUAAGGAAGUAUUGAGAUGACUUUCCAGUUUAGCUUACAAAGUUAAUACUAGGUUCUUUGCAGCUAGACAAAAUGAUGGCCCAAUUCUGCAGACAUUCCUACAGGAAUUCCUAAAGUAUUUCCUGGCAUCAGCAGGGGUCGCUAAUCUGGGCUACUUGCUGCUUUAUUGUGUAAAAUAUAAUAGAAAUAAUCUCUUUUCCUUACCAAAGUUAGCAUCCUUUACCAAUUUGGUCAUAAAAAAAUUCAGAUUCAUGAAUCUGAGAUUAUUUAGAGCCAAAUUUAUACCAUUUUUGACUAAAUUUCUUCUUCCAUGGAUAGCAGUAGGAGUCAUGAUGGCGAUGCUCAAAGUGAUUCUUAUUGCUGGGACGAAAUUUAUGAUCAACCCUAUGUGCCCAGUGCAGAGCCUCUCAAGGAGUCAUAUGAAGGGAGCCCUCUCUAUUUGAAGGAGUCACAACCAGACCGAAGGAAGAAUGAACAGAAGGCAAAUCAAUGACGUCAACCUCGAAAAUUCGCAAGAGCCUAAUUAAAUUCCUAUUGGCUCUUGAAAUAUCUAUUUUUACCUAAAAUUUCCUACAAAGUUUAUAACUUCAAGUUUGAGAAUUCUUGAAGCAGAUCUUUGGGCUUUCAACAGAAUUCUGGAUG